UCAUUUCCAUCACUAAGAAGUAAAGCUAGCAAGCAAUCACAACGAGAGUGCGCUACCACAUAAUGAAGAUGUUGUGAAAAAGUGAACAACGCAAGCAGAUCGCGAUUUUGACAGCGAUUCAUAUCCCGAAACUGUCGAAAUUGUUGCCAUCGGACCAGUAACGAAACGCAACGCAAUUGCUGUCGACUCUUCACCUACCUUGCUGGCAACAAUUAUCCCCUUAAUAGCCCCCUCGCCCCUGCUCCCCAUCGCUAAUCUCACUUGAACGUGUCGAGUGCCGUCGAUUCCGUCCUCCGCAGUGUCGCCAAAUAAUUAAUAAUAAUAAUAAUGUCUCAGUCUCAGCGCGGCGAAAGGGGCUCAGGUCCAUUACCAAAUCGUUGGUUAUAUUGCCCACGGAAAAGUGAUACACUGAUAUCCGAGAGAUUCAUUGCAUUCAAGACACCGCUGAGCCAAGCCUUCCAAGACAAAAUGCCUAUUGAAUGCACCUUUCGGCCUGAAAUGGUUUUCGACUACUGCAAGACACUAAAGCUGAAGCUCGGACUGUGGAUCGAUUUGACCAACACGAAGCGAUUUUACGAUCGCAGCACAGUCGAGGAACGAGACGCCCAAUACAUUAAGCUGCAGUGCCGCGGCCAUGGCGAAACACCAUCCGUGGAGCAGACGCGCAGCUUCAUCGAGCUGGUGGACAACUUCAUCAGCGAGCGGCCAUUCGAUGUGAUCGCUGUCCACUGCACACACGGCUUUAAUCGCACCGGUUUCCUUAUUAUCUCGUAUAUGGUGGAGCGCAUGGAUUGCUCGGUGGAAGCGGCACUUGCCAUAUUUGCCAACACACGGCCGCCAGGCAUUUACAAGCAGGAUUAUAUCAAUGAGCUUUUCCGACGCUACGACGACGAGGAGGAUGCACCCCAAGCGCCAGAGCAGCCCAACUGGUGCUUGGAGUAUGAUGAUAGCAAUGGCAGCGAUGAUUUUGCAGAUCGCGGCAGCUUAAAGCGACAUUCGGAUGACAACUGCUCAUCCACUUCACAAGCGGCUAUAGGUGCCAAAGCUGAUGAUGAUGACGCUGCUGCUGGCGAUGCUGAUGGCGAUGGGGAUGCCAACAGUGAGGAAGGCCAGCAAAAGGAAAAACGACGACGCGAAUUAAUUGUGAAGAAUGCCUCAUUCAUGGCCGGUGUACCCGGCGUACGUCAUGUGGCAGAUCAGCCACGUCUGACAGCAUUGCAGCACAAGGUGCAGGACUGGUGUAAAUGGCAAAAGAAUGGAUUUCCCGGCGCACAGCCUGUCUCGAUGGACAGACACAACAUUAAGCGACUUAGCGAGAUGCCAUAUCGUGUGUCGUGGAAGGCCGACGGUACGCGGUAUAUGAUGCUCAUUGAUGGACGCGAUGAGGUCUACUUUGUGGACCGCAAUAACUCGUGUUUUCAUGUCGAGAAUGUCACAUUUGUGCUCGGCAAGAAUCUGCACGAACAUCUAGAUGGCACAUUGCUCGAUGGUGAAAUGGUUUUAGACAAGAUUGGAGAGACUGUGACGCCGCGAUUUCUUGUGUACGAUAUUGUAAGACUGGCGGGACGAGAUGUACGCGAAGAAGCCUUUUAUCCACAUCGCCUGGAAUACAUUAAAAACGAUGUUAUAGGACCUCGCAUUCUGGCCAUGAAGCACGGCAUCAUUAACCGCGCUCUGGAGCCUUUCAGCGUUCGCAACAAAGACUUUUGGGAAAUACGAACAUCGGCCAGAUUAUUGGGUGAAAAGUUUUCUCGUUCUUUGGCCCAUGAACCUGACGGCCUCAUCUUUCAACCCUCUCAGCUGCCGUACACAGCCGGCGUUUGUCCCGAUGUGUUUAAAUGGAAACCACAUGAACUCAAUUCCGUGGACUUUCGUCUCAAGAUUAUUACAGAACGUGGAGAGGGCUUGCUAACAAAAAAAGUGGGCUUCCUCUAUGUGGGCGGACAUGAUGCACCUUUUGGUCGCAUGCAAAAGCUAACUAAGGAGAUUCGAGAUUUGGAUAAUAAGAUAGUUGAGUGCACGAUGAAUCAAUACGGAAAUUGGGAGUUUAUGCGCGAGCGUACGGACAAGAAGUUGCCUAACAGCUUCAACACUGCAGUCUCCGUCGUGGAAAGUAUCAAGCAUCCCAUCACCAAGGAAUAUUUACUCAAUUUUAUAGCAAAUUUCGGCUUCCGCGACGAUCAUUCAAUGAUGCCUCCUCCUCCGGCCGCCCAACGACGCUAGUAAAUCUAAGCAAAGUCUCCCACAUCCCCUUCCUACACUACCAACCGCAUCCUCCCCCUCACCACAUAAAUACACACACUAGGAAAUAAAUAAAUUCAUAAUUAUUUCAAAAAUAAAAUGUAUUUAUUGAACAUUUCAAUUCAAUACAACAAAA